AUGUGGACUUCCGGAAUGGAACGACUUGACGUUCCAAGGAACAUUUUGGAAUCACAGAGAAGUGUUAGCCCAAGCACAGCUUCGGAGUCAGGCGAAGAACAAGGCUCAGAAAUUCAGACAGCAAUUGAACCAUUUGAAUCAGUUCAGCGAAUGUCUCGCACGCUUUCACCGGCGUCGAUUUCUGUCUCCUCUGAAGAAAAUAAGGUCACGACAACAAGAAGCCAACUAAAGAUAAAAAAUCAUUGCAUUGCGCGAACCGAUAAUCAGUCAUUUAUUGCUUCAUUCCCGCUAAGCGGGGAAUCAACUCUUCAAGGAACACCAUGGGAAGAAGCUCUCUAUGGGAAGCGUCCUGGAAAAAAAAUUCAAAGAACUGACAAAGAGACGGAGAUUGUCGCUUUUUGGCGUCAGUUUUUUGGAUAG